CGAAAAUUGAAUAAACUUCAGAACGAUGCAGUCGAAUUUCGAAGAAAAAAUAUGAGAAAGGAUUUUUUAUUUCGAGCUUUUAUUAACUUUCUAUAUAUUGUACUUGGUUUAUCGUUUGUAUCCACGCUUAUUAUGAUGCUUAAGGAAUUUCACAAUUUUGGAUCUAAUUGGAAUCCUCAAAAGUUUAUUCAUCCAAGAUGGCUGAGACAUUUUGUAAACAUGACAUACGAACAAAAUAAUAUUGUGUCGCCCGACUCACCAUGCUUUCAAAACAAAUUUCAAAACAUACUUUUAAUAGUUAGUUUUGGCGCCGUUUCUGAGUACGAAUCCAUUCCAUUGUUUGAACUAUUAUACAAAAAAGCAUUUACUAAUAGAAUAUAUUGUGGAGCUUCUUCCUUGCCAAAUCAAACGGAAAUUACAAUUCUUCCAGUUGAUACAAAAUAUGGAGCAUUCCUAUAUGACUGUCUAGAUAAAGCUAUUAAAACCUACACUAACUACAGCGGUUACCUCUUCAUAGGUGAAGAUGUGUUAUUGAAUUAUUGGAAUGUUGCUAAUCUCGAUCAAAACAAAAUAUGGGAAGACGAUAGCAUAAAACAAGGACCAGUUCUUUAUGAGCAAAACACAGACUCUUGGGAAUGGUGGCAAAGCCCUUGGGGAAGCCGUGCAAUGGAGAAGGUAUAUGAGUACUUAAUAGAAUUAAAUUACUACGACAACAGAAAAGCAAAAUUAACACAAGGGGAUUGGAAGCCAGCUUGGGAUGCUGGGCAAUCUUUAAAUAAAUGGCUAUGGAAUGGUGGAGGGGAAUAUGCGUGCUAUUGGACUAACAGAUCUGUUUUUUACAUCCCACAAUCCUAUUCGCAACUUUAUGUAAACAUUUCGAAACAUUUCAGAGCAAGUGGUGUGCGACAUAACAUAGCUAUUCCGACGGUAACUCGUUUAGUCACACUUGCAUCAGAAAGCAUUAAGCUGAGAUCGCUUGGUAUAACUGAAAAUAAUCGAGGUGAGAUUUUAUCAAAACGAGAAUUAUUGGUGCAGGCAUCAGAUAAAUCUCACUUCAUCUACAUAGACGGCAACCGAAAAGAAAGAAGGGCCAUUUUAAAUAAUUUAAGAUUAAAAGAAUACGCUGUAGGCAAGUUUUUACAGUAUAGAAGAUGCUGACCUUCUGCAAGUAGUAACAUAUCCUGCAACGUGUUAACAUUCUGCAAAAAACAUAUCCUUAAUAAUUUCAUCAUUUCAUUUUUGAAAGUAAACCUUUGAAGGACAUUCUGCAAGUACGACCGUGUUCUGGAAGAUGUUGACAUUUUUUAAGUGGCAACACGUUCUGCAGAUGUUGACAUUUUUUAAAUUGCAGCAUGUUCUGGAGUCGCUGACAUUCUCUAAGACUCAGACAUUUUUGCCAAUGAUGACAUCUUCCACGUGGCAGCAUAUUCUCCAUAUUACAGAAUAUCUUGGAGAUGUUGACAUUCUCCAAGUAGCAUUUUCUGGAGAUGCUUACAUUCUCCAAGUGGCAGAAUCUUUUAGAGAUUUUGAUAUCCU